ACACGAUUUCAGACCUCUUCUCACUCCUAUAUAAACCCUUACCAUGUCUAACCUUCUCAGGCAUUCUUCAAUCUUACACCAUGGCUAAGCAUAUCAAGCUUCGCAUCAACACUCGCCUUCUCCUUCUCUUUCUAGCUAUUGGCAUUUGCUCUGCCACUAGACUCUUAUUUACUUACGAACCCAAUGUUGGUGGUUACGCUGCUGCUGGAGGACAUGGUGGCAGCAGCGGUGGUGGAAAAGGCUAUGGUGGUGGUAGUUAUGGCGGCGGUGGAGGAGGUGCAGGCAGUGGUGGUGGAUAUGGAGCGGUAGGAGAACAUGGGGCUGCUGGCUAUGGAGGUGGCAGCGGAGAAGGAAGCGGUGCUGGAUAUGGGGCUGCAGGUGGACAUGGCGGUGGUGGAGGCAGUGGUAGUGGUGGUGGUGAGGCUGGAUAUGGUGGUGCAGGUGCUUAUGGAGGUGGAGGAGGGGAAGGAGGCGGGGCUGAAUAUGGUGCAGGUGGGGCACAUGGUGGUGGUGGUGGAGGCGGUAGCGGUGGUGGAGCAGCUUAUGGUGGUGCAGGAGGUGGUGCAUAUGGCAGUGGGGGAGGAAAAGGAGGUGGAGCCGGGUAUGGUGGUGCUGGUGGAGAAUUUGGGGCUGGACAUGGCGGUGGUGGAGGUGGUGGAAGUGGUGGUGGUGGUGCGUACGGUGGUGUUGGGAGUAGUGGUUAUGGAGGCGGUGCAGGUGAAGGAGGUGGUGCCGGGUAUGGUGCUGGUGGAGGACAUGGUGGUGGUAGUGGCGGCGGUGGUGGAGCUGGAUAUGAGGGAGAGCAUGGUGCUGGUUACGGCGGUGGUGGUGGAGGUGGAGCAGGGGGAGGAUACGGUGCUGGUGGUGCAGGGUAUGGAGGCGGCGGGGGCCAAGGUGGAGGUAGCGGAGGGGGUUAUGGUGCUGGUGGAGCUCAUGGAGGUGGAGGUGGAGGAGGAUCCGGCGGUGGCUCUGGCGGCGGCGGUGGUUACGCAGGUGGAGGUGCACAUGGGGUGGGCUAUGGAAGUGGUGAAGGUGGUGGCCAUGGUGGGGGCUAUGCCCCUUGACAAUACCAUUUCUUUUUUCGCGCGUGCAUGGUUUAUGAGUACCUCUUGCUCUUGCCUUUAAUAAUAGCAAAAAAAUAAGAUCAAAUUGUAGUAAGUGGGUGUCUAUAAUAUUUAUUAGCAUACUUCGAAUGCAGUUGUAUGAUGAAAAAAAAUAUGUAUUCUCUUCUAUUAUUAAUUAAUUAUGCAAUAAUAUUAUUCUUAUUUUGUUC